AGCCAUGUCCCAGGGGGACUGCUGUGUUGCUCCCCACCAUCACAAGGAUGUGGGGUAUUGAAAGGCAGUACAGCUGUCACCUAUGGGGCACAGUGGGUCUCCCCACUGCCGGAUGAUGGCAAGAUCUGACUAGGAACGAUGCCUACAGGUUUAUGCUGGGGAGAGGUGGUGGUGAUGGGGAGGGGGUCCACUGCACACACCCCCGAUUAAGGGAAGGAGCCAGUCCCGCCCUGACGUGGUCGGGAGAGGGGUGCCCGUCACCUCUCCAGGUUUGCAACAUGGCUGUUGAUUGCUGGGGCCCUUCCUCCAGGGCUGGCCGCAGCUGGAAGCAGGAUGCCAGGCUAGAUGGGCCCAAGGGGCUGAUCCAUGGCAGCGGGGCCCAAAGGUCUGAUCUGGAGGGAAUGGAGCAGGAUACUGAACUAGAUGGGUCUGAUCUCAGGCAGGAGGCAGACAAGAUACUGUCCAGAUGGGCCUAUGGCUCUGAUCUAGAGCAAGGGAAAGGUGGGAUACUGGGGUAGAUGGGUGGAUUGGGAGAGGUCCCCAAUUCCCCCUAAGCUGGGGAUGGGGAGAGACCUACCGGCAGGUUUCAGUGGUCUGGUAGGCGCCAAUGGGAGUUUCCGUCCUCCCACCCACAGCAGGUCUGCUGUGGGUGCUGGUUUCCUGGCGUCCCUGCAGGCCCCCCCCACCCCAGCCGCUCCCGACCCUGUGAUUGCGGAAGUUCCUCUUUGCGCAGCGCAGAACACCAAAGUGGGGGGAGCCUGGCUGGGGCGGGGGGGAGCGGACGCACCUGGGUGCCGGGUCCCCCUUUGUGGGAUCCGCACCAACCACAGAGACCCAAACAGAGGAUGGACAGGGACGGGCGGGUCUUGGAGAGCCUGGGGGAUUUCGUCUCGGGUCCCCUUGUCACAUGGAGACCCAACCCCCUGGCGUGCCCGGCCACCCCAGAGCCAGCAGGGCGACGAGAGGCUGCGACGCCAGACCCUGCACACCCUGCUGCAGCAGCUUCGCACUUUCUACCAGGAUGAUCUGCAGCAGCUGAUUCUAAUGACUCCCCCUAAUGUGCAGCUUCUCGCCAGAGACCCCCUGACAGAGCAGGGCAUCGAGGAGAUGCGGAAGCUGCUGCUGCUGCUGCUGGGGGCUGCUGUGCAGUGUGAGCGGAAGGCAGAGGUCAUUGAACGGAUCCAGGGACUGGACAUCGAGACCCAGACUGCGCUGGCCGGUGCCAUCCAGGAGGUGACACAGGACCCAGGGGUGGUGCUGAGCCUGCAGUGGGGGGCACUGGCUGAACUGCACCCCCUGGAGCUGACACGGGUCCUGCAGGAGCUGUCGUCCCGGCUGCGGGGCCUAGUGCAGGAGCGGGAUGCGAGUGCCGAGAGGCUGUGGGAGCUGCAGCAGGAGCGGGAGGUGUCAUCCCCCCAUGGCCCACUGUCCCCCGAGGGGCCCUGGGACAAUCGCCAGCACCUCGGGGUGCAACUGGCUGACGCCCGGGGCCAGGCCCGGUGCCUGCGCCAGGAACUGGAGGAGAAAUCUGAGGAGCUGCUGGAUCAGCGCCAGGAGCUGCAGGAGCUGGAGGCCGAGUUGAGGAGGCUGCGACAAGAGCACCGGGCAGUGGCGGGUGAGGCACGCCUGGCGGGGCUGUACCGGGAUGAGCUGGAUGCCAUGCGGGAGAAGGCAGCCCGGGCUGAGCGCCUGCAGGGGGAGCUCUCAGCCCUGAGGGAGCGACUGCCCGCGCUGGAGCGGUGCCGGGGCAGGCUGGAGGAGGAGCGGGCCUUCUCCCAGGCCCUGCUGGACAGCAAGGCCCAGCUGGAGGGGCAGCUGGAAUCCACCCGCGCCCGAGCCCAGCACCUGCCCCAGCUCGAGAAGGAGAAUCUGCUGCUGCGGAGCCAGUUAGAGCAAGUUGAAGAGGAGCGGGAGCGGGAGCGUCAGCGGCUGGAGGAACUGCAGCAGGAGAAGGUGUUGCUGGAGGGGGAGCUGAGGCAGAAUCUGGGGGAGUCCCAGCACCUGUCCUGGGAAGAGGAGCAGGAGCCCAAUGAGGCUCCCAAUGACCCUGCUGAGACUCCCAAGUCCCUGAGCUAUGAGGUGACCGAGGUGACAUCCAGCCGCCUGCUAGCACUGGAGCGGGAGAACCAGGAGCUGCGCCGGAGGCUGCAGGAGGCACUCGAGGCCCCGGGAGAACCCAGGAGUCCGGGCCUUGAGCAGAAGAAUAAGGCCCUCAGCAAAGAGGUGCAGCGGCUGGGGGCAGAGCUGGAAGCCCAGCGGGCCCGGAGCUCCCAGGAACGGGAGGAGCUGAGCGCCGCCCUGCUGGGGGAGAAAGAGCAGCUGGAGCGGGAGCUGCGCAGCUUGCAGGAGCAGCGGCACUGCGAGCAGGAGUCUCUGCAGAGGCAGGGGGACCCAGGCGCCUGGGCCCAGGAGCAGCAGGAGGCACUGGCAGAGAGUGGGCGCCGGCUAUGCCAGGUGGAGGAGCGGGCGUCCAGCCUGCAGGAGGCAUUGCGCCGGCUGGAGGCCACUCACGCCAAGGCCCUGGAGGGGCUGACGGCCUCCCAGGAGGCCCGGGGGCGCCUGGAGCAGGAACUGCUCAGACUGCGGCAGGAGCUGGAGCAGCAGCGCCUGGAGGCCCUGCUGCUGGGGCAGCUGGAGGCCGAGGUCCAGGCGCUGGAGAAGGAGCGAGAGGCGCUGCAGGCAGAGUUGAGUCAAGCCGAGCGGGAGCUGGCGGAGGCCCGGGGCAGUCUGGAGGCAGAGCGGCAGCGGGCCGGGCGCCAGGCUGAACAGGCGCGGGAGGCUGCGGAGGAGUUACGGGCGUCCGAGCGUGAGCUGGGCACCCUGCAGCGCGGGCUGGAGCAACACAAGGCGGCCCUGACCCAGCUGGAGGGCGAGCGAGGGGCGCUGGAGGCGGUGCUGAGCCAGGCUGAGAGAGAGCGCCGGGCGCUGGACAAGGAGACCCGGCGUCUGCGGGCCCAGACCCAGGCCCAAGAGGAAGCACUGGCAGAACAGGGCCGCCGGGCCGCCCAGCUGGAGGCCCAGAGCCGGCUGCAGGCGCUGGAGUUGGGCGGGCUGAGAGAGACAGCGCAGCGGCUGCGGGAGCUGGAGCAGGAGAGCAAGGGGCUGCGUGAGCAGCUGGCAGCCGAGCGCAAGGCCUCAGCCGCUCUGCGGGAGGAGCUGCUGAGCGAGAAGGUGAAGGGACAGGAGCGGGAGGCUGACCUGGUGCGGCUGCGGGAGCAACUGGAGCGGCGGGAGGAGGAGCAGCGCCUGCUGGAGGAGCAGCAGGGCACCCAGCAGAGCCAAUACCAAAGCCUGGAACAGCGGCUGGAGUCGUCCUUCAGAGAGAUGCUGGCUCUGAAGGAGGAGAAGAUUGGCGCCCUCCACAGCCGGGUGGAGGAACUGCUCCUCCUCAAUCAGCACCUGGGGAAAGAGCUGCGCCAGGUGAAGAGCAGCACUGGGGCCCCUCUACCCGAAGCGCCAGGGGCCAUGGAGCAGGGCCAGGGGAACCCUGAGCCCGUGCUGGGGCUUCGGGCUGAGCCAGAGAGCGACACCCUGAGCAAGCAUCUCAUCGAGGUGGAGCGCAGCAACGCGGCACUGCUGGCAGAGAAAGAGGCUCUGAUGGGACGGCUGGGGCAGCUGGAGUCGCAGCUGGGCGCCCUGCAGGGGGAGCUGCUGAACCUGCAGGGUCAGAGCGGAGGCCUGCGGGAGGAGAGUGGGCGAUUGCAGGCCCAGUGUGGGGCCCUCCAGGUGGAGCAGGCGGCGUUGCUGUCCCAGAAGGCAGCACUGGAGGCCCGGGCGUCGGAGCUGCGGGAGCGACUGGCAGGGCUGGAGGCUGAGGUACGGGUGGCCCGGCAGGAGCGGGACGAGUGGCGCGGGCGCCACGAAGGGCUGGUGCGCAACCAUGACAAGCUGGCACUGCUGCACGAGCGCCAGGGCGCUGAGCUGGAGGGGCUGCUGGGCAAGCAGGCCGGCCUCAAGGGGGCACUGCGGGCACUGGAGCAAGAACACCGAACCCUUCAGGACAGGCACAGCCAUCUGGUGGCACAGCAGGCUGGGCUGGAGCAGCGAGAGGCAGCCCUGCGGGGGGAACGGGAGCGGCUGGAGGGGGCUGAGCGGGAACACCGGCAGCUGGGGGAGCAGCACGCCCGGCUACAGGAUGAGCAUGCACGGGUGCAGGCGGCGCUGGCUGCGGCCGAGCGUGCGCAGGAGGAGCAGCAAGGGGAGCUGCGGGGCCUGCGGGGCCGGCUGACGGGGCUGCAGCUGGAGCAGGCGCGGCUGGAGGCUGAGGGAACCGCCCUGCGGGAGCAGAACCACCAGCUGGAGGUGGCGCUGGGCCGGAUUGGAGACCAGUGUGAGCUCCUGGCCCAGCUGAAGGGAAACCAGGAGGAGGAGAACCGACACCUGCUGCAGGAGAUCCAGAAACUGAGCCAGGAGAACCGCAGCCUGCUGGAGCGCAGCAUGGAGAGCCGGGAGCAGUACCACUCGGAGCAGCGCCAGCACCUGGAUAAGCUGAACGAGCUGCGCCGGGAGAAACAAAAGCUGGUGGAGAAGAUAAUGGACCAGUACCGGGUGCUGGAGCCAGCGCUGCCUAAGAGCAAGAAGAGCAGCAACUGGAUUGCGGACAAGAUGAAGAAGCUGAUGAAGCCGCGGCGUGAGCCCUCCCGGGAACAGCAGCGCCCCCUGGCGGAGGGGGCCAAUAGCAUUGAGAACCUGCCGGGACUUGGGCAGGAUGGGCGCGCACCUGAUGGGGACUCCAGCGCCCCUGCCUCACCUGUGCCCCUGCGCAAGGCCACCAGCGUGCUGAGCCUGCCCGACGCCCAGCGGGUGCACCUACGGCUAAACCGGCGCAAGCUGAGCUCCCGCGUCCUGGUCAGCGAGUCCUUUGGGCCUGGGGAUGCCACCCCCCGGCAGCGCUUCCGCCAGCGCCAGCGCCCCCUUGCCUUCCUGGGGGGCUCCCGCGAGGAGGCCGCUGCCCCCUGGGAGGCCCAGGAGGGGCAGAGACUCCCCAGUGCUGGCAGCAAGGAGAGAGGGCUACCGCAAGGGAAGGAGAAGGCACCGCUCACACCCCAGCUCAGUCAGUGAGCCCAGCUCAGCCCCACCCAGAUGGCAGCGACGCAGGGAACUGAACCAGGAAGGGGUCCUGCUACAGUCCCAGCUCCCAGGAUCCUCCAGCCACAUGCCAGGGGCAUAGAGAAUUGGCUCUGCCCCCCACCCCCAUCUCAGCCCCUGAUCCCUCCCACCCCCUGGGACUCCUGCCCUGACACUGGGGCGGGGCUCAGGAUUUGUAUUGUAUUUCUAUAAUUUAUUAGAAAUAAAAUGUAUUAUUUAUCAUC